UCCCACUCGUCGCGUCAUUCCGCUUCCGACGUCUUGCGCAGUUCCGCCAUGGCCUCCAAAGAAGCCCGGCGUACCCCUCCGAAGUCUCGGCGGCGGCCUGAGGGGCGCGACCCGCGACAGGACAAGUACUCGGUACUAUUGCCCACCUACAACGAGCGCGAGAACCUGCCGCUCAUCGUAUGGCUGCUGGUGAAAAGCUUCACGGAGAGUGAAAUCAACUAUGAAAUUAUCAUCAUAGACGACGGAAGCCCAGAUGGAACAAGGGACGUUGCCGAGCAGUUGGAGAAGAUCUAUGGUUCAGACAAAAUUCUUCUGAGGCCCCGGGAGAAAAAGUUGGGACUAGGAACUGCAUAUAUUCAUGGAAUGAAGCAUGCCACAGGAAAUUACAUAAUUAUUAUGGAUGCUGAUCUCUCACACCACCCAAAAUUUAUUCCUGAAUUCAUUAGGAAGCAAAAGGAAGGUAAUUUUGACAUUGUCUCUGGAACUCGCUACAAGGGAAAUGGCGGUGUUUAUGGCUGGGAUUUGAAAAGAAAAUUAAUCAGCCGUGGGGCCAAUUUUAUAACUCAGAUUUUGCUGAGACCCGGAGCAUCUGAUUUAACAGGAAGUUUCAGGUUAUACCGAAAAGAAGUUCUACAGAAAUUAAUAGAAAAAUGUGUUUCUAAAGGCUAUGUCUUCCAGAUGGAAAUGAUUGUUCGGGCAAGACAGCUGAAUUAUUCUGUUGGCGAGGUUCCAAUAUCAUUUGUGGAUCGUGUUUACGGCGAAUCCAAGUUGGGAGGAAAUGAAAUAGUCUCUUUCUUGAAAGGAUUAUUGACUCUUUUUGCUACUACGUAAAAGAAAGUUAUUCAUUUCUAUUUAUCAUGUUCAUUUCAAGUUGAACGUAAAGGAAGCCUGGUUGCUGAUUUUUAUGCAAUGUACUCUUAGAACAUAAAUCAUAGGUAAGGUGAAUUUCAUGCAAAUCUCUUUUUCUGAAGAAAUUCCAUUUUGUAUGUCAAAUUCAAUUAGAGAAAUGAGCAGUGUUCUCAAUUCUCUGUACCACUCUGCUGUAUGAAGUAAGACCUAUAAAUAAACACA